CUUCCUGCUCUCUCUUAUGUCAGCGUGACUUUGGCUCAUCAUAACUGACCUGACUGAGUGAGCUGCAUCAUCUUAAAAAAUGUUGCUUAUAUCAAACAGGUUGAAAUUAUGUUCACUGGCAUUUACAGCCGCUCGCAUGUAUAGCAGCGGCCCUGCCACCGCUAACAAAAACCCAACGGUUUUCUUUGAUAUGGCUGCAGACAACGAGCCUCUCGGUAGAGUAACCUUUGAGCUCAACGCCGAAGUUGUGCCCAAAACUGCAGAAAACUUCAGGGCAUUGUGCACAGGGGAACAUGGCUUUGGUUACAAGGGAUCAAUUUUCCACCGGGUGAUCCCUCAGUUCAUGUGCCAGGGUGGAGACUUCACUAACCACAAUGGAACUGGAGGGAAGUCCAUUUAUGGAUGGAAGUUUCCCGAUGAAAACUUCAAACUGACGCACAGUGGACCUGGGAUCUUGUCUAUGGCCAACGCUGGACCCAACACCAACGGCUCCCAGUUCUUCAUCUGCACCAGUAAAACAGAAUGGCUGGAUGGCAAGCAUGUUGUCUUUGGCAGCGUGAAGGAGGGUAUGGACGUGGUCAAGAAAGUGGAGUCUUUCGGUUCACGGUCUGGGCGAACCUCCAAGAAGAUCACUAUCACAGACUGUGGAGAACUCAAGUAGAUUUCAUGUAAGAAGAGGACACGGUCAUAGUCUCAUCUCCUGCUGUAAUUUCAAUGUGAGAGUUAGGGUGAAAGAGGCUCUUUCUUCAGCCGUGACAGAGUGCUACCUCUCUUCGCUGAUAAUAGAUUCUUCUCAUUUUUUAUAUGCAUUAUGUGCAACUUAAAGCCACUUCAAAUGUGAACUUGUAUUAUGAAAUAGAAAAUGUGAAGUCCACCAUUAAUUCAUUAACAAGCACUUAAACUGGUUCAGAAGAAACAGCAUUUAUUUGCAAAUAAAGUAAUUUUUU